GAGCGAGAGCCACCAAACUACGGAAAUGUAACAGUCAAAAAUGUGCAUGUGGAUAUUCAUCUUGUUUUUGAUCCCUGCUCAGGAUUAUUGCAAAAUGUCUAAGCCAUAGUAGUGUACACUACACUGAUGAUGAUGUAAAUUGAAAAAUGUCGGCUUUGCAUUUGGCUUCUCAAUUACAUUUCUUCUAAUCUUCUAUUAUGGGUGCGAUCUCCUUUCCUUGUUGAGCUUUGAUUAACCUAAAGAUGCGUUUGGGGCAAGUUCAGACGCAGACAAUACAAUAUCAGUGAUGGAGGGAGAUUCUGUCUCUCUACACAUCAGUGUUUCUGCAAUUGAGAGAGAUGAGCAGAUACUCUGGAGGUUUGGACCUGAAAACUCUCGUAUUGCUGAAAUCUACAAGCAGAAGACCCCAACAUAUGACAGUAAUGAGCUAUUCAAAGACAGACUGGAGAUGAAUAAUCAAACUGGGUCUCUUACCAUCAAAAACAUCAGAAUAAAACACUCUGGACUUUACAGAGUAACCCUCAUCAGUAAUAGAGGGAUUUCAGACAAGAGGUUCAGAGUAACUGUUUAUGCUCAUCUGCCUAUUCCCAACAUCACCAGAGACAAUUCAUCAUCAGAGUUCAGAUGUUCACUGGUGUGUUCAGUGUUGAAUGUGAGUGAUGUGACUCUCUCCUGGUAUAAAGGAAUGAGUGUAUUAUCCAACAUCAGUGUGUCUGAUCUCAGCAUCAGUCUCUCUCUACCUCUGGAUGUGGAAUAUCAGGAUAAAAACACUUACAGCUGUGUGAUCAACAAUCCUGUCAGAAACCAGACCACACAUCUGGACAUCACGCAACUCUGUCAGCAAUAUGCAGACUCUGAACAGUGUUGUGGUUUUACUGAAGCUGUGAUCCGAUUGGUCAUCUCUGCUGUGGUGGGCGUGGCUACUGUUGCUCUAUUAGUUGACCACUUCAGAUCCAAUAGUAUUGGACAUAAACAGGAAGUAGAAAGGGUGGCCAUACGUCCGGAUUUUAAACCACGUCUGGCGAAGCCGCAAGCCGGACUCUAAGUUGUCCUCCUUUUGGAGUUGCGCUAAAUCCGCCUAAAAAAAACCUUCUCUAUAAUCUUUAUUGGGACGCAGCAGCAUAGCAUCUAAUGCCGUAAGAUCUCUGUUCAAACAAAUGAUAAGCUGAAAGGAGCGUCAAAUAAAUAUCUGAUAUAUCAUUGGUUAAAAAUGUAAACAAGCCUCCAUGUGCUGGCUACGUCAUAUAACAUUAACAUGCCGAAACGUCUGAUCUCAUUUAAUCCGGGAUGGACAAAAGAGCACAAGUGCUGUUGUAGCCUGAGCUGCUGCAGAGGCUGAACUUCUUGUUUAAGAACUGAAAUGUGCAUUAUUUUAUUUUUUUCGCAUUCAUUAUUAGUUUAUUUAUGCAUUUCUUUUAUUUCCAGAAGUCCAGAAAUGUUAUGUUUUCAAGCCCUGUGUGCACUUUGCAAGAUGUCGUUUAUCCCAGUGGUCAGUUUUUGAAACAGCCACCACAAUGUCUUGAAUAAAAACAAAUAGUGUGAACAAACACUUUUUUGCCUCUUCUGUACAUAGGUCUA